UCAAAGUGCACUAUUGGACUUUCAAUUGUAGUCGCGUUAACAAAUCAUUUGAAUUGGGUGGGUCUCUUUAAGGAGGCAGUUCCCUUAAUUGCAGCUUCAGAUUGGCUGGAUAUUUAUUUUUCUGGCUCUUCUGUUUUUUUGGCUCAAUGUAAAAUACUGCUUGCGCCACAAUAACGUCCCACAAUCAGCAACAUGCAAACAUGGCAAUUAUUUCAAGUUUAAAGAUUAACUAGGUGUGGUUAUUGUAAGACCAGCGGUGCCGAGGUGUGUAUCUGCACAAGGCUGGUGUCGCCGCUGCUACUUCUGCUGCUGUUGAGGAAGCACAAGGAUUGAAAAAAAGCAUAUUUAAAGGAGAGGCAAAUUAAACCAGAAGCAAUCACCAUGACCGAGAAGAAGGUAUCGAGAUGGUAUUUUGGAGGACUUGCGUCAUGCGGAGCGGCGUGUUGUACGCAUCCCCUGGAUUUGAUAAAGGUACACCUGCAGACUCAGCAGGAGGUGAAGAGUCGCAUGACCGGGAUGGUGAUUCACGUGGUCCGCAGCGACGGUGUGCUGGCGCUAUACAACGGCCUGAGCGCCUCCCUCUGCAGACAGAUGACGUACUCCCUGACCCGUUUUGCAAUCUACGAGACGGUGAGGGACUUUAUCUCCAGCGGGAGCCAAGCACCCCUCCCCUUUUACCAGAAAGUGCUGCUGGGGGCCUUUGGAGGUUUUACCGGCGGCCUCAUAGGAACCCCAGCAGAUUUGGUCAAUGUGAGAAUGCAAAAUGACAUGAAGCUUCCUGCACACCUCAGGAGAAAUUACGCUCAUGCACUAGAUGGGUUAUACAGAGUAUGGCAUGAAGAGGGGCUGAGAAGGCUGUUUUCAGGAGCAACUAUGGCCUCCAGUAGAGGAGCUUUAGUCACAGUCGGGCAGCUGUCUUGCUAUGACCAAGCCAAACAAGUAGUCUUAAGCACUGGCAUUCUAUCAGACAAUAUCUUCACCCAUUUCCUUGCCAGCUUUAUUGCAGGUGGCUGUGCCACUUUCCUGUGCCAACCUCUAGAUGUGAUGAAGACCAGACUGAUGAACUCCAAAGGAGAAUAUCGGGGCGUCACGCACUGUCUGGUUGAGACGGCAAAGCUGGGGCCCUUGGCUUUUUAUAAGGGUCUAGUUCCAGCUGGAAUUCGAUUGGUCCCUCACACAGUACUCACCUUCAUCUUCCUGGAGCAGCUGCGCAAAAACUUUGGGAUGAAAGUAAUCGCCUGAGAAACCCCGGAACUUUCCUUUCAGACCUCCUAUUUUCACACAGCUCAGAAUAAUACUGGAAUAUAUUUAUUCUGCGAGAAUUCCUCUUGCGCUCCUUUGUCAGUGAUUGUUAGUCUUCAUUAGCCUCUAGAAUCUUAAUUUAUUGUGAAUGAAAAAAAAUAUCUGUCGACCGACUGCUUGAAUCGAUGUGCCCUUUAACAAAUAAAUUAGUUGGUUAAUUUUUACCUUUUUUUUUAUAUACAUAACUACAUGGAAAAACCACAUUCCUGAAAUGCCCUUAUAAAAAUCAUGUUAUAGUCUCUGGUAGAUGUAUACAUGUUUUAUAGAUAUAUAUUUGUAUAGCCAAAUACACAUAUAUAUAUAUAUAUAUAUAUAUAUAUAAUAUAUAAUUUUUUUCUUUCUUUUUUAAGGACAUAUAUUGGUUUACAUUAAACAUACACGCCGGUUCCUUGUGGAAAUAGUGAUUAAUAGACCGGUGUAAGUUUGUCUUUGUAAAUACACGCACACCUGCUUAUAACAAGCUCUUAAUGCAUUAUCUAUAAGUUCUAUACAGGUAGUAUAAAGCACUGAAUGUGUAACGAAAAGGCAUAAUCUAUCCACGCUUGUAAACUUGUAAGAAAAUUUGUGGGCAAAUGUAGACCUGUUUGUUUGCCAUUGAUAUCAGUCCACUGCUGAAAACCAUUUCUUCGACCCUUCAUAGCACAUACAAACAUAUGGCCAAAUGGGUGCUAUAACUCAGGAAUUGAUAGUGAAAGUACUUACACCAGGGACUGCUGGAGGAUAGACAGUGGUGUUUCUCUGCACUGGAAGACUGUCAUUAGCCUUUCCUGUUUAGGCCAACUUCAAACUGCUUGUUGACAAAAGGGUAAGUCAGUCAUGAGGAAAUCUUGAUUAUUGAUGGGCGUUUUCAGAAUAGAAAGGUAAUGCCCUGUGGUGAAAGGUAUUAAAGGCAAGAGAUGGAACACCUUUUUUUUGUGUGUGAAGAAUUUCAAGUUUCUAGGCAGCCAGCACAGGGACACUAAAGAGUUUCCAUUUUACUGUUACCUUUGCGUGUGAAACUGUUGUGUUUUCUGGCUUGUGUGCCUGAUGUUGUAAUGCCAUCUGGGAACAAAAGACAGAUGUUGCCUUGGUCCGCAACUGCAAGUAAUUCACACAAUGCCCACAGUCUGAUUUGGGGUUUGUAGAACCUGGUCUAAUGACAGUUCUGCACAGUAUACGUUAAAUUAAAGAUAAAGUCUUUAAAUGCAUGCAAAGCCAUGUAGUUACAUUGUAAUGACUGGGUGAAAACCUGAUUAAUUACAUGGGCUUGUGAACAACAUUUUGUAACUUGUUAUAAUUACAUGGUAUAUUAUUAUUUAUUUCUUGGCUGAUGCCCUUAUCUAGGGCGACUUACAAUUGUUACAAGAUAUCACAUUAUUUAUACAUACAAUUACCCAUUUAUACAGUUGGGUUUUUACUGGAGCAAUCUAGGCAAAGUACCUUGCUCAAGGGUACAGCAGCAGUGUCCCCACCGGGGAUUGAACCCACGACCCUCCGGUCAAGAGUCCAGAGCCCUAACCACUACUCCACACUACUAUUGUACAAUAGUGCAGCCACAUCUCAUAGUACAGUGCAGUGCAAUUUGUUCCAGAACUUCACCUGAUAGACAAAAUACUGGAAAUGGUUAUAUCGUUCUGGCUUGCUCGUGUUUGACUAUUUAAAAAAAAAAAAAGUUGAAGAGAAAACAAAAGUGAAAAUUGAAUGGAAAUCCAAUUCCAAAAUAACAAGGCUUUAAUAUGGUAUUUCAUCAAUGUUACUGUCACAAUUUACCUGGCUCAUUUAUAGAAACAUCUUAGACCCCACGCCUUGAUUUAUCCUUAGCUGUGGGGGUGUUAAUACUUGGAGACAGGCAGAUGGGCUUAUACAUGAAAAAAAAGGAAUAACUGUAUUUUCUCAGAAAGUAGCAUGUAUCCAAGUAUAAUUCACUUAUAUGCGAGAUAAGUAGGGCUUCUGUUUUUCGAUUUUUUAUUAAUAACAUUUUUCAGUACUUAUUUUUUUAGCUAUUUUUGAGUUUUAUCUAAAUCCUUUUUUUUUUGUGCUUUCUCAUUUUAUGUACUAAUGAAUCAUUGUUUUCGGUUAAGGUCUUUUCACACCAAGUGCGUUGCGUCAAAGCAUCAGCGUCUGGCGUAUUUUGACGCUGUCAAGUUGUUUUUAUAACAAAGGCAUCAGUCACUCUGAAGCCUUGUCACUGAACUCAACAUUUCCCAUAAAGUACAGAAUUAGAUUUUUGUGUCUUUCAGCACUAAGAAGAGUAGUAUAAAUACUAUCUCAUUAAAACUAAAUAAUAAAGCUCUGUGUCUUUUGCAAAAAAAAAAAAUGCAAAUGGGAAUAUGUUAUGAGUAUUGUAAUAUAAGUGUACAUACAUUUGGUUAGCCUGCUGUUUCAAGUGGGAAGCAGUUUUUCUUUACCGUGCAUCUUCACUGUUGAAAGUUAAGUGCCUUCCCAUUUGGCACACAAACAUACACGCACAAUAAUGACUUACAUUUUAUUUCUUUAAACUUUUUUUCACACAAUGCAGUGUACCCAAGUAGUCUAUUGAAAAUACAUACUCACUUUCUCCAAAACUAAACAUCGCUAAACAAACUAAACAUCGCUAAAAUGGUGUUUAUUGGGUAUACACCGAUUACAUUUUUUUUGUAUCGGGGUAUUUAUCGGUUUUUAUUGGUUAAAACCAAAAAUAGGAAGCGCUAAUUAUAAGAUUGCUAGAUACAUACACUUCUUGUAUGCAAGACAGUUGACAGACUUCUUUCCAUACAGUUCUUUUAGCAGUAAGUGGUCAAACAUACUGUAGAUGCAUGGACCAAAAUAAGAAACUAAACUGUAACUGCAAAACAAACUCCUUGAAAUGCAACUGAAAACAUGCAUCUGCGUAUUGUUAUAUACAGUAAUAAAAUAUAUGUAUUGAGAACUAUUAUUAACGUCAUUUCAUUAGAUUCUGACAAAACAAAUAAACAGAAGAGCAUUAUUCUAAAAGCUAGCUACGGGAGGCUCCAAAUAGGGCACCAGGAGGAUUAAUCCAUUCAGUGAAUGCUUAAAGAAGACUUGCAAAAUAAAAGCCUAUAUAUAUAUAUAUAGCAUAGCAUGUGUACCGGAACAAAAAGUAAUUACAGUGGGUUCUGUUAAUAUAUUUAGAGGCUGAGAUGUAUUCUCAGGACUUUUGCUAACCGAUUAAGAGCACAAAAGAUUUGCCGAUUCUGCACAUUCAAAGCUCGGAAAUUGCAAUUUGAUUUGGAAUUACAAGCUGCUACAUUUGCCCUUGAGUGAAGGACUACGAUUAUAAAUACUCUCACUAUUUGAGCGUUACAAUGUGAUUGGUCGGUUGACUUGGUUUACUGACAAUGGGGUAGGAAGCCUUUGUAUCUCGGAUCCAUUCAAGGUCGGGACUGGCUUUGAGCAGGUUCUGUAGGCCUUAGCUCAGUAACACAUCUAAAGAAACACUGUCAUGAAGGAUUAUCUAAAGGGCAUUUCAACAAAGCUGUACCUUAUCUCUUUUUCUGAACAGUAAAAAACACGUAAUGUUGUUUUGUACCUACCUACCUACAGUAGUUAAUUGCUGCAUAUUCUCUAUUAAACUUAGAGUGGAAUGGCCCUUCGGAGUUGGGCUCCCCUGCUUUGAAUAUGACGGUUUUCAAUGGUUUGAUUUUAUUGACGAUAUACUAUACAAAUAUUGACUGCAGACAUUAUUUUCUGAAGGGGAACAGUCAGUAUUGUUUUCUAUUAAAUUGUUAUUUUUUAAUUGCCAGUAUCUAUCUAUCUAUCUAUCUAUCUAUCUAUCUAUCUAUCUAUCUAUCUAUAAUUAUAAUUGAUCCAGAAAUCUGUGGUGCUAGUCUGCCAUUUUGUUUAUUGCUGGGUGGCAUCACAGGGCACUAUUGACCACUCAACUGUAGACCGUUUUUUUGGUGAUGCGACCUUGCAUUAGUCAGCUGGAAUGCUAAAUUACAUGGGUUUGUUAACAACAUUUUGUAACUUGUUGUAAUUAUACGUUUUAAAAAUGUAUUUUAUUUCCUCAAUCUAGACAAGUGUCUAAAGAGUGCAGUGGGCCUGCCCCAGCUAAAAAAAAGUGGCAGUCAGUGGGUCAAAAUAAAAAAAAGGCAUUACAGCACACUGGAGGUCACCUUUUCAACGCUGGUCAACAGAUAGUAAAUGGCAUUGGAAGCUAUCGUUAAUGCAAAUAAAUAAUGUGAAGGGGUUUUCAUCAGUGUUUGCUGUUGUACACUACCCUAUAGUUGUAAAAAUUAAAAUGCUUUUUUUUGUUGUUGAUUUUUGUUUGCUUGCUGAUUUUACAAUAUUUUCUCAUAGUUUGCUGCAUCAUAUGGAUUAAUUUUUAAAUGCUGACUAAGAGCUAAAAAAAAAAAAAAGCAGGUGGAAGUGAUAAAAGUAAUAGCUAAAAUGUGUUCUGUGUUAAAUCUGUUCCUAAACUGUAGGUCUAUGUUUAGAUUAUGUAACAAGUGAGGAGGAGAUGUACUUGUAUAUGUACUGGAAUCAAUCUGAUUCCAAGGACCCCUGCAAUUUUGGGUACAAAUAAAUCAGAAAAUUACAACUGUU